AUGCGUGAGAUCGUUCACAUUCAAGCCGGACAAUGCGGUAACCAAAUCGGUGCCAAGGUAAGAUAAUAUAUGAUUUUACGUUUUAGGCAACUCGUUCUUGUUUUAAUGGCGUUUAACUGCUUUUAUAACGAAAAACAGGUUUUUUGUUAUUUAUAUAUUUCGCCGAAUACUAAAAAUUUUACUUUAAAAUUUAUAAAAUAUUGUUUUAGUUCUGGGAAGUCAUUUCUGACGAGCACGGUAUCCAACCCGAUGGAUCGUACCAAGGAGAGUCCGACCUUCAAUUGGAGCGUAUCAACGUCUACUACAAUGAGACCGGAACCAAGCGCUACGUUCCUCGCGCCAUUUUGGUCGAUUUGGAGCCUGGUACCAUGGAUUCGGUCAAGAACUCACCUUAUGGUACUCUUUUCCGCCCUGACAACUUUGUCUUCGGCCAAUCCGGAGCCGGAAACAACUGGGCCAAGGGACAUUACACCGAAGGAGCUGAAUUGGUUGACAACGUCUUGGAUGUUGUGAGAAAGGAAGCUGAAGGAUGUGACUGUCUUCAAGGUAGGGUUUUCAUGUUUGUCUUUGUGGUUUAGAUAUUUUAAGGAGAAAAGGGCAUGUAUGAGAAAGAAAAUUAACAAAUUGAACUUUUGAAUACUGUAACGAAGGUAUUACUGUAGUUUUUUGGAUUAAAUUAUUCUGUAAUAUUGGUUUUUGUUUAGAAACUUUAUUUUUUCUAAAGAUAAGUUGUUGUUUGCACGAUUUUUAGUGUGUUAUGUAUAUAUAAGUAAUAACUCGUGUUUUUAGGUUUCCAACUGACUCAUUCUUUGGGUGGUGGCACUGGAUCUGGUAUGGGAACCCUGCUCAUCUCUAAGAUCCGUGAAGAGUACCCAGACAGAAUCAUGAGCUCCUUCUCUGUCGUCCCAUCGCCAAAGGUCUCGGAUACCGUAGUCGAACCCUACAACGCCACCCUCUCUGUCCAUCAACUGGUCGAGAACACCGACGAAACCUUCUGCAUUGACAACGAAGCCUUGUACGACAUCUGCUUCCGCACCUUGAAGUUGGCUAACCCCAACUACGGCGACUUGAACCAUCUCGUGUCGAUGACCAUGUCCGGAGUGACGACCUGCUUGCGAUUCCCAGGUCAGUUGAACGCCGACUUGAGAAAACUGGCUGUCAACAUGGUGCCGUUCCCUCGUCUUCACUUCUUCAUGCCCGGAUUCGCUCCAUUGUCUGCCAAGAACGUUGCUGCCUACAGAGCCUCGACUGUUGCUGAACUUACGCAACAAGUAAGUUUUUUACUGUGAAUUGAGUUUCUCUAUGUUAAGAUGCUACUAUUAACAUGUUAUAGUAGAGAAUGCUUUGAAUUGUUCAAUUAUAAUUUUAAAAAUUUGGAUUUUGUCGUAAAAUUAUUUAAAAUGGCUUGCUAUUGGUAAACUUACAAUACUAACCUUUUCAUUUUUAGAUGUUCGAUGCUAAGAACAUGAUGGCUGCUUGUGACCCACGUCACGGCCGUUACCUUACCGUAGCCGCCAUCUUCCGUGGUCGUAUGUCGAUGAGAGAGGUUGACGACCAAAUGAUGAGCGUACAGAAUAAGAACGCUAGCUACUUUGUUGAAUGGAUUCCAAACAACGUCAAGACUGCCGUCUGUGACAUUCCACCAAGAGGUCUUAAGAUGUCCGCCACCUUCAUUGGUAACUCGACUGCCAUCCAAGAGUUGUUCAAGAGAAUCAGCGAACAAUUUAACGGUAAGUAAUUGGUUUUUUUUUUUGCAUUUUAGGUAAUUAUGAAUGAAAUUAUUUAUGUUUUUCGUUGAAAAGUUGGCUGAAUUAAGGCAAAAAGUGAUUUUUGGUGAUCUGUUUGAUAGUAUCUGUAGUAUGUUGUAGAUGCUGAUGUAUUUCUUCUAUUUUUUCUUAUUUAACUUGUUUAACAACUUUAUAACAUGCUUUAUUUCAGCUAUGUUCCGCCGCAAAGCUUUCUUGCAUUGGUACACUGGUGAGGGUAUGGACGAGAUGGAGUUCACCGAAGCCGAAUCCAACAUGAACGACCUCAUCUCGGAAUACCAACAAUACCAAGACGCUACUGCCGAAGACGAGGGCGAAUACGAAGCCGAGGAAGGCCAACUCGACGCCGAGUAG